GACAGACAGCCGUCCAAGUUCAGGGUUUUAUGAGCUGAGUGAUGGAGCCUCUGGAUCGCUUUCCAAUUCAUCUAACUCUGUCUUCAAUCUCAUAGGCUGGAUGGACUAUAAUAAGGAAGGCCAGCAUGAGGACCAGACCGCAGGCUCUGUCUGUCGCUCUUUGUCCACACCGCACUCAAAUUCCCUCGAUGUCGUUGCAGAUGUUCAUCCCAAGUACCAGUGCGAUCUGGUGUCUAAAAACGGGAACGACAUCUACCGCUACCCCAGCCCGCUCCACGCCGUGGCUGUGCAGAGCCCCAUGUUCCUUCUCCCCGUGACUGAGAACCCCCAGCGAGAAGAGGAGAGGCUGGCUUGCGAUAUGAGCGACGUUUGCACCCCAUCGGAAACGGACUCGGGACAGUGCGCCAACGCCUUCCCCCCGCAGAGCUCCUGGCCGGCUCCCUGCCCUUCCACCAGCAAGAGGAUAGACAGCUACAUCUUAAGCCUGGUUCAGAAAAAGACUCACGCAGUAAGGACUAACAAACCCCGGACGAGUCUCAACGCCGAUGCCACCAAAGGCAUCUUGAGGCACGGGAGCAUGUGCGUCCGGCAGCCGGCAGCAAUGGUGGCCCACGGCAACGUGGUGAACCUGAAGAGCUCCAAGCCGGCGUGUUUGCCUCCCGGUGGGGCCCCCGCUCCCGAGCACACAGCUCCGUCCCCGUUAAAGCAGAGGCCGAGGGAGCCGGCUGGGGAGCAGCUGGAGAGUAGGAAGGCCCCUUUGCCAGCAGCUUUCCCACCUGGCACGACGGCAGAACUCCAGAGCAAGCACUUGCCACGGGGCGUCAAAGCGGCACCGCCGGAGCUGGGCCGCGGCGCCGCGGCCACGGCCGGGGACGUCCCCAAGGAGAACGGCCAGCUCCUUGCUGCGCCUCCCAAAGACACCCCGGGGAAGGCGGUGGUGCUGCAGCCAGACAGCAGGGCCAGCCAGCCUCCCAAAAAGAUCCUGUUGAAGAGCAGCUUGCAGGCGGCUCGCUCCUCGUCGCCGGCUGUCGAGGAGAGGCCCGCGCUGGAUUUCAAAAGCGAGGGCUCUUCCUCGCAGAGCCUGGAUGACGGGCUGCUGGUGAACGCCCAGUACAUCCCGGCCCAGCAGCAAAGCAUGAAGCUUCACAAAGGCACCCGGAACGUCAAGAUUUUGAAAAGCUCCGCCUUGAAACACAGGUCCCACCUCGCCAACGGGGUGGAAAACAGCUCGCAGGCCUCGCGGGAGAAAGCCAAACUGGUCGGCAAGAAGUGCCGCUUUCCCGAGGAAUUGGAUACAAAUAAGAAACUGAAAAAGGCCUCGUCGCGGGGGAAGAGGGGCAGCGGCCUGCCGCUGGAGCCGAGCCUCCCGGGCCGGCAGGGCCUGCACAGGUCCGCCCUGCGCUCCCACGGCCACGGCCGCGAGGUCGUGGUGGCCAAGCCCAAGCACAAGCGUGCCGACUACCGCCGCUGGAAGUCCUCGGCCGAGAUCUCCUACGAGGAGGCCCUGCGGAGGGCGAGGAGGAACCGGCGGGAGGCCGUGGGGGUCUACUCGCAGGUGCCCCUGCCCUACGUCAGCCCCUACGCCUACGUGGCCAGCGACUCGGAGUACUCGGCCGAGUGCGAGUCCUUGUUCCACUCCACCGUGGUGGACACGAGCGAGGACGAGCAGAGCAACUACACCACGAACUGCUUUGGAGACAGCGAGUCAAGCCUGAGCGAGGUGGAGUUUGUAGGGGAGAGCACAACCACCAGCGACUCUGACGAGAGCGGGGGCCUGAUUUGGUCCCAGUUUGUCCAGACGCUCCCCAUCCAAACGGUCACGGCGCCGGAGCUGCAUGAAAAUGCGGCCAAGGCCUUUGUCAAAAUCAAAGCCUCCCAUAACCUCAAGAAGAAGAUCCUCCGCUUUCGGUCAGGCUCCCUGAAGCUCAUGACGACCGUCUAGUGAGGUGACUUGGUGGAAUGUAUCUGCUUCUGCUUUCGGAAGCAAGGUUUU